UCCCCGCACCAUGGGCGGCAGGAAGGUCUGCAUCGUGGGCUCCGGCAACUGGGGCUCGGCCAUCGCCAAGAUCGCGGGCAGCAAUGCAGCGCAGCUGGGCGCUUUCGAGAACCACGUGAGCAUGUGGGUGCUGGAGGAGGAGGUGGGCGGCCGGCGGCUCACCGACAUCAUCAACACAGAGCAUGAAAACGUCAAGUACCUGCCAGGGCACAAGCUGCCCCCCAACGUGGUGGCAGAGCCAGACCUGUUGAAAGCUUGUGCGGGGGCUGACAUCCUCCUGUUCGUGGUGCCCCACCAGUUCAUCGGCAAAGUCUGCGACCAGCUCAAGGGCCACGUGAAGAAAGACGCCAUCGGGCUGUCGCUCAUCAAGGGAGUGGACGAAGGACCAGAUGGGCUAAAGCUGAUCUCGGACAUUAUCCGUGAGAAACUGGGCAUAGAGAUGAGUGUCCUCAUGGGGGCCAACAUUGCUAACGAAGUGGCAGACGAGAAGUUCUGUGAGACAACCAUCGGCUGCAAGAACAUGCAGCAUGGGCAGAUCCUGAAGGAGCUGAUGCAGACACCGAACUUCCGAGUCAGCGUGGUGCAGGAAUCGGACACCGUAGAGAUCUGUGGGGCUCUCAAGAACAUAGUGGCUGUUGGGGCUGGCUUCUGCGAUGGGCUUGGCUUUGGGGACAACACAAAGGCUGCCGUGAUCCGUCUGGGACUGGUGGAGAUGAUCAACUUCGCCAAGCUCUUCUGCAAGGGCCCUGUCACCCCCUCCACGUUCCUGGAGAGCUGUGGGGUCGCAGACCUCAUCACCACCUGCUACGGCGGCCGCAACCGCAAGGUGGCCGAGGCUUUCGCCAAGACAGGGAAGUCUAUUGAGCAGCUGGAGAAGGAGAUGUUGAACGGGCAGAAGCUGCAGGGUCCCCAGACGUCUGCUGAGCUGCAUCGCAUCCUCAAAAGCAAGAACGCAGUGGAGAAGUUUCCCCUCUUCACAGCUGUGUAUCAGAUCUGCUUUGAGGGCAAACCUGUUGCUGACAUCAUCAAGUGCCUCCAGAACCACCCUGCGCACAUACACACUAGGCACCCUACGACCUUUAAAGUCAACGGAGCGCUCGUACGGAAAGGGGCCGGUGCUGGCGUCCUCUCACGAGGCACCGCGGCGAGGCUGGAGGACGAGGGACCUUCGGCGCCUUCCUACGGGGGCCGCGCCCGAGUCGCUGCCGCCACCAUCAGCAGUCCGACGGCCCCCGCGGGCCCAGGACCACGGCCCUGCCCGCCUCGCUCUCCCCCACCCCUGCUCCGCCGGGCCGAGCUGCGCGGCGCCGCGGGGGGCAGCAGGCCCCGGGCGGGGACGGGCCCGCGCUGA